UUUAGAUUUCAUCAUUUACGGGACACCAUGGGUAACGAACCAACCGCUGGACUCUCAGAGUUCGAAAAACAGCGACUUGCCAACAUUGCGGAGCGAGAUGCGCUUUUGAAGCAGUUGAAUCUCAAGGCGCAAUCCAAUGGCAUCUUCGGCGCCCCAAAGACCCCUCGGAACGGCACAUCAAAACCGAAGAAGCCAACUCCGAAGCGCAUCAAGGAGGAGGAUUCACCUGCACUGCCCCGACGUCAGUCAUCCCGCCUGAAGGGCAUUGCGGCCGAAAGCGAGGUCCUCAAGCGCAAGGCCGAAGAUGACUAUGAAGCGGCCAAAGAGGUUGAACGCGCCAAGAAGAUGCGUCGAACCGAUGAGUUCACGCAGAGUGACAUGUUUAUUGCUGGGCAGAAGUUGAGUGGAGACAGUCUUGUUGGUGUGGACGUCAUUACGAAAGGUGUCGCAGAGCCAUACGUGCGUACGUUUGACGACGACGAUAUCAAGAAAACGACGGACAAGGACUUGAAGGCCCUGCGGGAGGAGAUGAGUGGGCUUCAGCUCUGGGAAGCAUGGGACCCGCAGAGAAUCAAGAUCACUCCGGAGCGAGUCUAUGCCAUGACUUUCCACCCCUCGGAGACGAAGCCGCUCAUUUUCGCUGGAGAUAAAAUGGGCCAUCUCGGUAUUCUGGAUGCAUCGCAGGAGAAGCCAGCCGCGGGCGACGACGACGACGAGGACGAUGACCCCGAUCCAGUUCUCACUACCCUCAAACCCCACACGCGCACCAUUAGCUGCAUGAUGGUCCACCCUUCUAAGCCCACCCACCUCUACACGGCCAGUUACGACAGUUCAAUUCGCGAGUUGGAUCUUGAGAAGACGACCUCCGUUGAGAAAUACGGACCGGAUUCGACAAACAUUGACGAGGCCGUCUCUGCUCUCGACAUGGCAGGGGACGACCCCAACACAUUGUACUGGACUACUUUGAAUGGUGGAUUUGGUCGCUAUGAUACGCGCACUCCUCUUUCCGAAAAGACAGUCUCGACCUGGCAGCUUUCCGAAAAGAAAAUUGGUGGCUUUACUCUGUGCCCUUCGCAGCCUCAUUAUUUCUCAACCGCAAGUCUGGAUCGGUUUCUGAGAGUGUGGGAUCUGCGCAAUCUGUCUUUUAACGACCCGACUCCGGUAGCUGAACACGAGAGCCGUCUUUCUGUUUCCCAUGCUGCAUUCAAUGCCGCUGGUCAAAUCGCUACCUCCUCAUAUGACGACACGCUCAAGCUUUAUGACCUUGGCGCCAAGGGUCUCUCAAGCUGGAACAAAGGUCACACUCUUUCCGACAAGGAAUUCCGCCCUGAUACCGUGGUCAGACAUAACUGCCAGACUGGUCGUUGGGUUACCAUUCUUCGACCCCAGUGGCAGCUAAACCCCCAGUCCCACAUUCAACGUUUCUGCAUUGGCAACAUGAACCGCUUCGUCGACGUCUAUAGUGGCUCUGGCGAUCAGCUUGCCCAGCUGGGCGGCGAAGGCAUCACUGCUGUCCCUGCCGUUGCUGUGUUUCACCGCAGCAAGAACUGGGUUGCUGGUGGCACUGCCAGUGGAAAGGUCUGUCUCUGGAUGUAGAUAUGACUAUGUGUGGAAAGUACGGAGUUGCGGCUUUUUGCUGGCUGUGUUUAGCCAUUUGCUAUCUGAUGGCCACUGGCGUUUUGUGGGGAUGUCUCAGUUAGCAAGAUAC